UGUGUGCUCUGCAGCUGCCGCCGUGCUAAACCGGCCGGCCUCCUAAAUAAAGUCAAGCCUCCGUGCGUGUAUAAGAAAAGAACCCGACCACCUGCUACGCUGAGGCUUAUCACUAAGCAAGUACAGUACUAGUCUCUCUCCAUACGCCUCACCCAGUUUAAAGAUCAAGACUCGCUCACGACCUGAGUUUCUUCUCCAACUCAACCCUGUGCGAAUUUGUUCUCUGCUAGCUGUGGUACUUGCUUACUUAGUUACUUGGACACACAUACAAGAGAGUGAGAGUCGAGACGAUGGGGUCUCUCAUGGCUGGCUGGGACUCGCCGGAUCUUGGUGACGACAAGAAAGUUCACGCGCGGCGGAACCGGUCGCUGACCAAGGAGGAGGUGGAGGCGUUCUGGAAGCAGCGCCGGAGGUCGGAGGAGGCCGAGAGCCCAUUCGGGAGCUUGGAGUCCCCGGGCGGUGGUAGCACCAAGGCCGCCGGCGCGUCGUCCCCGAAGGUCCGCGUGGACGGCUUCCUCCCCGGCGGCGGCGCGGACAGCCCCAGCAAGAGCCGGGACUGGUGGACGCGGAGCAACUGGGCGUUCCUGAACGAGCCGCCCCAGGAGGAGCCCUCCGGCAGGGCGCAGAGCUACACGCCGCAGUUCCACGUCGCCCGGAUCGCCACCAGCGACGCCUGAUUAUUAGUGAUGACCAACGCGCGCAGCAUAUACUCUAGCGGUUAUAUGUACACAUAUAUGUAUGUAUAUGUACAUAUAUAUGUAUGUAUAUGUAUGUAUAUAUAUGUAUAUGUAUGUAUAUAUAUGUAUAUGUAUAUAUAUAUACAUAUAUAUAUAUAUAUAUAUGUGCGGCGAGCGAGAUCCGAUCCUAGUGUUUGUGAAAAUCGUGAUGCUCAUCGUUUGUACAUCCUUUACAGUAGUACGGGAGAUUUUCCAAUGUGUACCCUAAAACACAUCUGUAUAUAUUUAUAAGUUUGGUGAAAGAAAGCAAAAAAAAAAAAAAUAGUUUGCGCGCGUUGGUGCAACUGCC